AUGGUAAAAACAGAGUCUUUUGUUCAAGAACCAAAUAGAGUUGAUGUUCUGGAAGAAACCUCGGGCAACAUUACGAAAAUCGGGCCCGAAAUUCCUCGGAUCACAUUAGAAGCUCUACUUAGCGACGAAAUUCCAUCUUCUCACCUAAGAAGAUUAUGGGUUGACCCACCGCAAUGCAGGAUUUUCAGAAACGCAAUGAUAGAUUUGUUGAACAUUUAUCAAGCCCGGGGCUUGAAAGACGAGAUAAUAGAUCAUUUCAGAACUCUGACUAUCAAAUAUGCUCACCGUAUUCAAAAACGUAAUAAUUUCGUAAGCAAUGAAAAUACCAACAAUAACUAUGUAAUACCCAAUAACCAGAGAAAACAAAAAGAUGGAUAUGCCAUGUUACCUUUGGACGUAAAUCCUGCAGGAACGAUGGAAAGAUACUUGGGCCAGACUGCCCAUUUCAAAUGCUCUUCCAAAAAGGGACAAGAAGCAGUUAUUUGGUCUAAGAGAAACGGGUCUUUACCUCCACAGGCUCAAAUCAAUGGAGGGAAUCUUGUGAUACCCAAUUUACAACAAGAUGAUUUUGGUUUGUAUGAUUGCAGUAUGUCUGAUCCAAAAAUUAUGCCACUCACCAUUAUGUUAAGGCAACUUAGCGCGGGUAGUCAGACUUCGGAAUAUGAUAGUUCUCAGAAUGAAGAAAAUCAUUAUCAGCCCAAAUAUUUCGUUCAACAACCAUACUCUUAUCCCGUACAAGAAACCAUUGAUCAGUUGCAAGAUUCUUCCAGAAGGCCUCUUACUCGAGAUGAAGCUUACCUUCAAGGAACGAUUUAUGAUCCCAAUUUUCAAUGGCCAAGUCAGGCUAUUGACCCUACGAAAUACAUAAAGCCUCCAGGGUAUCCUAAAUCUGGAUACACAUAUUCCCACACUCCAGGACAAUAUUCUUAUCCUGCAAAGUACCAAAAAUUUUAUCCGGGGAAAUACAUAAAAUCUCCUCCUUAUCUGACGACUAGCCCCAGGACAAUACCAGUUACUCCCAGACCGAUUAGGCCAGCUAAACCGAGGCCGAUUCGACCAGGACACAUGGAUAUGGUGGCCAAACCGCCAGGAGCCAUGGCAACAUUAGGGUCAGAGGUAGAAUUUAUAUGUACAUGCCUUGUCAUUCCCCAAAACAGUUACUGCUAUGUUACAUGGACUCGCCCAUCGAAUAUUAAAAUGUCCCCUAAUGCGGAGAUUAUUGAAGGCAACUUAACUAUUCGUAAUAUAAGUAAUGAAGAUUAUGGAUUGUAUAAAUGUGUGUCUAAGAAUGGAAAGCAAACAAUCACUGUAGUUUUAGAGAAACUGCCAAGAAAAGGAGCUCAAGUUAUAAGUGGAGAAGGAGUCCCUCAAUUGAGUGGAGAAAUUUUGUCAACUGAGAAUACAUCUCCAACCAAGGAAACAACUACUCUCUCCAAAGAGGUUACAACAAGCUCUGCUGAGGAAAAUCAAGCUAUAUCCACCGCGCUCUCAACAGAUGCUUCAACCAUAAAUCUUGAAAUGGCUACUACGAUAGUAACAGAAAUUGUUACCACAGAAAUGAAUGUGACAAAAGUUAUAAUUUCUGCGGAGGCUAUAACUGUAGCAGCGGAAACCUCCACCAUAUUAAUAACUACAACAGAGGCUUCUACUACAGGUGGCGUUGCUACAGAUGAAACAAUGGGGGCUUCAGAGAUUACACCUACUACAAAAAUGGUCACUACGGGAGAGACGACAACUAUACUAAACGUUGUAGUGCCUGUGGAGGAUGUGAGUUCGGGUCCUGAGGCUACUUCUAUUAUAACUGAGAUCGUUACCACUGAAGUUAGUGAAACAAAUGUUACUACUCCCGCCGUAGUGGUGACUACUAUAACUGAGGGAGAAGCGAGUCCUGCAGAUGCUGCCACGGCAGGGGAAUCCCCCACUACAUUCGCGAUUCCAGCAGUGGCAUCAGAGAUCACAACUAGUGAGGGCUUAGUUACUACAGGAGAGACUACAACUAUAUUAAAUGUUGUAGUGCCGGUGGAAGAUCUGACAAGCUCGGGAUUUGAGGCUACCACUAUUAUAACCGAGAUCGUUGCCACUGUAGCUCUUGGAACAGAGGUAACUACUCCCGCCAUAGUGGUGACUACUAUAACUGAAGGAGAGGCGAGUCUAUCAAAAGCUGCUACUGUGGUAGGAGAAUCCUCCACUACAUCUGCGACUCCAACAGUGUCUUCAGAGAUCACAACUAUUGAGGGAUUGAUUACUACGGGAGAGACGACAACCAUAUUAAACGUUAUAGUGCCUGUGGAGAAUGUGACAAGCAGGGGUCUUGAGUCUACUACUAUUAUAACCGAGAUCGUUACCACUGAAGUUAGUGGAACAGAGGUUACUUCUCCCGCCGUAGUGGUGACAACUGUAACUGAGGGAGAGGCGAGUCCUGCAGAGGCUGCUACUGUGGCAGGGGAAUCCUCCACUAUAUCCGCGACUCCAACUGUGGCUUCAGUGAUCACAACUACUGAGGGAUUGGUUACUGCGAGAGAGACGACAACUAUAUUAAACAUUGUAUCGCCUGUGGAGGAUGUGGCAAGCCCGGGUCUUGAGGCUACUACUAUUAUAACCGAGAUCGUUACCACUGAAGUUAGUGGAACAGAGAUUACUACUGCCUCCAUAAUGGCUACUGUAACUGAGGGAGAGGCGAGUCCUGCAGAGGUUCCUACUGUGGCAGGGAAUACCUCCACUACAUCUGCGACAACAGUGGCUUUAGAGGUGACAACUACUGAACAAUUGCUUACUACUGGAGAGACGGCACUUGUAUCAAGCGUUGUAGUGCCUGUGGAAGAUGCUGCAAGUCCAGGUCUCGAGGCCACAACUAUUAUAACAGAGAUUGUUACCUCGGAAGUUAGUGGAAUAGAGCAACUCAGGUUGCAGAGAUCACUACUAUUGAGGGAUUAG